CCGAGCCGUCCCGGCGUGCUGCGCGCGGCGCGCGCCACACCGCCUCCCGUCCUCCUCCCUUCCUCCCUUCCGCCUCGCAGCUGCCGCCAUCAUGAAGGUCGAGCUGUGCAGCUUCAGCGGGUACAAGAUCUACCCGGGCCAUGGCCGCCGCUACGCCCGCACCGACGGCAAGGUUUUUCAGUUCUUGAAUGCAAAAUGUGAGUCUGCAUUCCUUUCCAAGAGAAACCCCCGUCAAAUCAACUGGACUGUUCUUUAUAGGCGGAAACACAAGAAAGGACAGUCAGAAGAGAUACAAAAGAAGCGCACACGUCGUGCUGUUAAGUUUCAGAGAGCUAUCACUGGCGCAUCUUUAGCUGAGAUUAUGGCUAAACGAAAUCAGAAGCCUGAAGUACGAAAGGCGCAGAGGGAACAGGCUAUUAGGGCUGCAAAAGAAGCCAAGAAGGCUAAGCAGGCAACCAAGAAAACGGCUGUUUCUGCUGCAAAGGCUCCUACAAAGGCAGCACCUAAGCAGAAGAUUGUGAAACCAGUCAAGGUUUCUGCUCCCCGUGUUGGUGGAAAGCGCUAACUUGUCAAACUGUUAGUCAAGCUGAAUAAACAUCUGACUAACUUUGA